UCUGUCCCAGGUGCGUGUGGAAUACAUUAGACUUAACUUUAUUUUAUUACAGUAUUCUGAAUUUACACCCUCAGAAUGAGUGCUCGUCUAUGGACUGAGGAGCAGUUUAACUGCCCCGUCUGUCUGGAUCUGCCCUCUGACCCCGUGACCAUCCCGUGCGGUCACAGUUACUGCAAGGCCUGCAUCGCAGAUUACUGGGAGAAUGAAGGCAGGAAAAACGGCACCUACAGCUGCCCAGAAUGCCGGCAGACCUUCAACCCUCGUCCCACUCUCUGCCGGAACACCAUGCUGGCCGAAGCCGUGGAGCAGCUACGCCGAGGGGCCCUCAGCUCCACUGGGCGAGAGUCCAUCAAGAGCGCCCGGAGCGCCGCGUCCUCUGCGUCUGAGCGUGCGCACACACGGAGCAAAGGGGCAUCGAAAAAGCUGCCAGGUUCGGCAGUGCCCUGUGACCGCUGCCCGGAGCCCAGAGCGGCCGUGAAGACGUGUUUGGUGUGCAUGGCAUCAUUCUGCGAGAUUCACCUGAAGCCUCAUAACACGCAGGAGAAGCUGAAGAACCACGAGCUGAUCUCACCCACCGGUGACCUGAGUCAGAAGAUCUGCCCCGAGCACAAGUACCUGCAGGAGUUCUUCUGCCGCUCGUGUCAGAUGUACGUGUGCUGGCUGUGCACCAGUAACCAGCACAAGGGCCACGAGAGCGUCUCAACACAGGCAGAGAGAAACGAGAAGCAGAAAGAGCUGGGUGCAGUUCUGUCUGAGAACCAUCAGCGACUCCAGGACAGAGAGAGAGAACUGAAAGACAUGAAGAAAGUCUUAGACACACUCACGAGGUCCUCAGGAACAGUGCGGGACGAGGCGGACGUGGUCCUGUCGGAGCUCCAGGAGUCAGUGCAGCGGAUGCUGGAGCUGCUCCAGGACGUGAUGGUCUCCACUGCGCAGGAGAAACUCAACGAGGCCCAGGAAGUGGUGACCAAACUGGAGGCCGAAGUCAAACAGCUUAAGAAAAAAGACGGAGAACUGAAAGAGCUCAUCAACUGCCAGGACAGUAUCUACUUCCUGAAGACGUAUCAGUCUCUGUGCUGCCCGCUGGAAGGAGGAGAGCUGGGAGCUGUAACCGUGAACCCUGAAGCCACGUUUGAUCCUGUCAGGAGCGUCGUCGUCCAGCUGAGGGAGAAAGUGGAGGAGAUGUGUGACCAGGAGCUGGACAAGGUCAACAAGACAGUGUACAACACCACAGCGUUCACAGUUGCAGACCGCAACGGACAGAAAACAGGAGGCAUAAUGAAACUGUUUUCUGGAAAAGGAGCCAGAGCCACUCGUGCACAAGGUAUGAAAACAAUUAGUGCUGUAAGUAUUUUUCUUUCUUCAGUGAACACACGUACACAAGCUGUCAGAAACAAUGAGCCAAGAGUUAACAGAGGUGUUACAAACUCCCCAAGACAAGCCAGAUCCCCGAGAGAGGAGAGAGAUGACACUGACAAGAGUCGCAGUUCUUUGAGACCAAGAGAAACAGAAAGGAGAGAGGAAAGAGAAAACGAUGCAGACACCUGGAGUUUAAGUUCCGUGAGAUCGAGAGGGAGACCGAGAGGAGAAGACAGAGAUCAGGAAAGAGAAAAUCAGGCCUCUCAAAGACGUCAAAGCACACAGAGCAGAAACACACGUGAUGAAGAACAAGCGGACCGCUGGAGUUUGAGUUCAAUCAGACCGAGACUGAGGAGAGAGGACAGAGAACAAGUCAAUGGAGAAGCUCAGUCUAGUCCCUCACAGCAGAGAUCAAACGCUGUGGACAGACAGCAGCCGGCCAGACAAUCGGACAGAUGGAGUCUGAGCUCUCUCUUACCUAGAAACAGGAAGAAGAGACAGGACACAGUGAAAGAGGCCACACCCACUCUCCAGGAGGCGGGGUCAGUGAGACCUCGUAGCCUCUCCCGUGCCAGUGCCUGGGGAGAGCCAACAGAAGUGAAUCCUGGGCUGUUCCUGGACUCACCUACUGACAGUCCAGUCAUCAAUCCUGCUUUUCCCACAUUGCGAGAAAUUAACAUUGAGAGUAUUCAGGCCCCAGAGCCCAGAAUCAGAGACGAGUUCCUGCAAUAUGCUUGUGAUUUGACCCUGGAUCCAAACACGGCCCAUCGGCGUCUGGUCUUGUCUGAUGGAGACACCGUGGCCACCCUUCAGCAGACGUCUCAGCCGUUCCCCGACCUCCCUCAGCGCUUCGACGGCUGGACGCAGGUGCUCUGUCUCCAGCCCCUCUCCUCCGACCGCUGCUACUGGGAGGUGGAGUGGAGGGGGUGUGGCUCCUCUCUGGGUGUGGUCAGUGGUUCCAUGUCCCGCAAAGGGGCGGAUACGGGGGCGGGGCUUGGGUAUAACAGCCAAUCGUGGAGCUUGGAGCUGUCAGACAUGUGCUGUGCAGCCAUGCACGCCAAUAAGAAGGUGGAGAUCCCUGUGACCUACAGCCCUCGAGUCGGGGUGUUUCUGGACAGGACCGCGGGGACUCUGACUUUCUAUAGCGUGGAUGACGAGUUGGUUCCUCUCCAUGCUUUUCAAGGGUCAUUCCCACCACCGCUGUACGCUGCGUUCGGGGUGGGCUGUGGGGUCGGCGUGGGGCUGGAUUUUGCCAUGGGGCAGUUGAGCUCCACGUCAGACAGCAUUAAAAUCUGUACCUUGUGA